UAAUAAUAAAAACUAGUUUGUGUUUAAGAAAAGGUUUUCAUUGUAUGGCAGUCUGUUAACAGGUGUUUAUUAUUUUGUCCACUCUAUUGAUAUCAUUGAGGGUGUAGGCUAAAUAGCAGAAACACCUGACCUGUAUAAUGUAAUGAAAUUCAACAGCACCUCGAGCUACAUCCACCAAAAUGAUCAUAUAUUUUUUAAGUUUAAGUUUGGGUAUUUUCUUUACAGUGUACAUACUGAGGACACCAAAUUAUAAAUCAUCAAAUUAGAACAUAUCUAUAUGUAUCUAAUUAUCUGUUUAUAUCUGUUUCUUGGUUAGGAACAUCUCUCAAGAAAUUUCGUGCACAUCCUUUAGACCAUUCCAUCUUUUUCUUGGCACCUACUGGACAAUAAACCUGUUCUACUUAAUUUAAACCUUCCGGGGACUAAUCAGGUUAUUGUUAUAUUACCUGUAUCUUAGUUUAUUAGUUGGCACAAUGGUAAAGUGAGGAGAUCGACCACGUAGACACUAACUAAAUAAAUAAAUGAAUCCACUCACUACCACUAGAUGUCGCUAGGGACGUUAGCUGUCAGUGUCGUUUUCCUUUUUCUAACGACGAAGAAGUCCCAACAUCCGGCUCAUAGCGCCCUUUCCAUAUAUUUCUGUCCCUGAAUUGGACAGAGAAAUCAACAAAAAAGCUGUCACCGUUGCUCCCGUCGAUGCCCCUCAAACGCGAGGAGGAUUUGAUGUAAAGGUUUAAUGUUAAAAGACCAAACUAUGUCUGUGGUGUUGGACGGGAGUCCGCUGAAAGCGAUGCAGAGCUCACACACUCACAGCCCGCAGACUGCCCUGAGCUCCCAGGAACUCUCCCAGGAGAUCAAGUCCUUCAUCAAUGGCAUUGACACUGUUCAGGGCCGGAAGCUCAGUGUCCGGGAACACGCCCGUUGUGCUGUGCGCCUGCUGCGCUCGGUCCCGGCCUGUCGAGGGGCGGUGCUGGAGCAUCUGAGGGGUGUGUAUGAUGAGCAUGUCUCUGCCUUCCUGUACAACCUGGAGACAGAGAGCGAUGCCAGCUCCGCGGUCAGCGCCAACCUGGAGGACAUCAUACAGGAGGUUCAUGGCGUACUGUCUGAGUUCAUCUGUCUCAACCCCCGAGCCUGGGCCCCUCUGGUGUCCACCUGGGCUGUGGACUUGUUGGGCCAGCUGAGCAGCAAGCACGCCGGCCGCAGGGUGGCCCCCCACUCAUCCAGUCUCAACGAGCUGCUCCAGCUCUGGAUGUCCUGUGCUGCCACCCGGUCCCUCAUGGAGGCCUACUCUCAGUGUUUGGCUGCCAUGCUGGCCUGGUGCCCUGAUGGGUGUGUGAAUGCGCUGUUGGACACCUCAGUUCAGCACUCCCCACAUUUUGAUUGGGUGGUGGCUCACAUCGGCUCCGCCUUCCCGGGUACUAUAAUCAGCCGAGUCUUGGCAUGUGGACUCAAGGACUUCUGCUCUCAUGGCGCUAAGGAUCAAGGGCUAAUGGUGAUGGUCGGGGAUAAAGGCAGUAGAGUGCCAAAGAUUGGCUCAGUGGUGGGAAUCCUUGGACACCUUGCAGUACACCACUCAGCCAGCAUCAGAAAGGAGCUGCUCAGGAUGUUUCAGGAAAGCCUGAGUCCGUCAAGUCCUCUAUCUCCUACUUCAUCCUCAACAUCUUGGGAGAGUUCUCCUCAACAUCGUCGUGCUGCAGUACCAUUUCUGCUGCAGCUGGCUGCAAUGUCCCCCAACCUUUUUGGUGCAGUGUCUGCGGAGCUUGUAGAGCUGCUACGCCCUCCUGUUCUGCUCCAGCUGCAGGCCUUGCUGCAAGGCCUUCCCAGAGAGGAACUGGAUAACAUGCUGGGGCUCGCGGUCCACCUUAUAAGCCAGAGCCCAUCAGGAGGAUCCCGGGUCCUCCGUUUUCUGGCAGACACAGCAACUCCGGCCUCGGUCAUCAUCUCUGGGCCUACACCCUCCCCUCAUGAAGGUGUCAGAGAAGGCUGUGAUCGCCUCCUCCAGAUGCUGCUACUGCAUCUCCACAAACUGGUCUUCAACCGCUCAGAUGGAGCCGAAGUCAACUCCCAUCACCCGGCUUCCUCUCAACCCCAGCGGGUUAUCCCCUUCUUGGAGGAGCUGCAGUCUCACGUAGGUGAGCUCUGUGCAGAGACACUGCGACUGGAAAGGAAGCGCCACCUCUGGCUGCACCAGUUGCUGUGUCUUCUGUCGGUAUAUGGAGGUCCCAGUGUUGCCACUGAGGCUCUCUGCCAGCUACUCACCCAGGCCCACAACCCAGAGGAGCUGGCUCUGGCCUGGCAGCUGCACACCACACUCUCCUCCUGCAUGGCAGGACUCAUUCCGGCCGCUGUUGCUCGCUGUGUAGCCCAGAUCCAUACACACACUCUGGGGCCCCGAAAGCUGAAGCAGCUGUUGCUUAACCUAGCUACAGUGAUCCAGAGUCAGGAUGAGGAGAGAAGAGGAGCAGCAGGUGUUCAGUCCUCCAUGGCCAUCCAGGUGGGCUCAGCGGUCUCAGGACACCUCCAUGAUUUUGGCCCACUCCUUCUCCAUGGUGACUCUUCUGUAUCUCAUGCCACGGUGCGUCUCCUGUCCUGUAGCCCACUCCCACGCACAUCCUCCCCAGCACACCUGCUCCUGCUCUCACGUGCUGCCGUCACUCAUUUCUUUAUGGCGCUGCGGAGAAGAGUAGAAGGAGGGAAGGUGGGGAGAGAUGGGGGACAGGCAGCCGAGGCGGUGAACUGUUCAGUCCUGCUCCUGUCUCGUUUGGCAGCGUAUUCUCCGCUCACUCUCAAAGCGGUACUUCAGCAGUUGGUUGAGGGAUCCCUCCAUAAAGGCAACGCUGGAUUGUUUGGAGGGCAGAUCGCAGACAUGUCUGGUGCCCCUUUGCCCUCCCCAUCUGUGUCUCCUGACAUCGGAGCCUCGUUACUCGAUAUCAACUGUCGAUUCGGUAACAUCGUCAACUUCUCUGGCAGCGUGUGGUCUGUGUUUCAUGCCGGGGUGAUUGGCAAGGGGCUGAAGGUCCGCACUGAUACACAGCUGCUGGACCCAUCGGGCGUCAUGCAGAACGUCCAGACUCUGCUGACUGUCGUAGUCCAGUGUUGCAGCUCUUCUGGUCUCAACGGCUCUAUCAGCAGCUCACGGCUCUCACCACCAUCUGAGCCAGACGAGCCGCUGCCUAUCAACGCCGAGGCAGCCAAGGUUGUUGCAGUUACCUUGGUGGAAAACGUCUGUCCAGAUGUGGCCAAUGGUGAGCUGUCCUGGCCCCCGGAAGAGCAUGCCCGCACCACGGUGGAGCGAGACAUCCACAUUCGACGUUGCUUUGAGGCCCACCCGGUGCUCUUCCCUCUGCUUCAGGUGGUGGCAGCUGGACGCCCGGCUCUCUGCUAUUGCUCAGCUGUGCUCAGAGGCCUCCUGGCCACUCUGCUGGCCCAUUGGGAGGCAUCCCGUGAGAUGUUGUCCACAGACUACCCGUGGCACCUCCAGGCCUCCUGCCUCCUGGUGUCUUGCAUGGGAGAGGGCCAGCUCCUGCCUCCCAUCCUGGCCAACGUCCACGAAGCCUUCCCCCACCUCACCCCCUUCGAGGUGAGGCUACUGCUCCUGGCUGUGUGGGAGUAUGUGAGAGGCAAUGGGCCCAUGCCUCAGAAGUUUGUCUUCAGCUCAGAGAAGGGGCUGUUCUGCAGGGAUUUCUCUCGGGACGGUGACGUGGCAAGAUACGUGGCACCAAUUCACAGUGUCCUGCAUAAAAACAUUGAUAGAUUGGGACAUCUGUGCUGGCGGUUCCAGCUCUAAAGGGUUGUGUGUAGAGCAGGUAACAAGAAAUAAAAAGUUGGUGUGUGUGUGUGUUUGUGUUAUUUUCUCUAACUAGUUGUUUCUGUGACAAAGACAAGGGGACAAGACAAAUGGCACACAUGUAUAUUAUGUUAAUACAGAAUUUGCUCCACACAAAACACAACCUUAAUGUGUGAUUUUGGUUGGAAAACACAAUUUAACUCAGCUAAUUCACUUUUACAUUGUUUAGUUUUAUUUUCAGAUUGCAUAUGUUCUAAAAUUGUGGUUACAAACAUGCCUUCUAUCUGUUAUAUGCCCCAAAACUGUUGUUUAAACCACUUUCAAUAAAUAAUUUGGUCC